UUGGUUCCCAAUCUGGCGCAGGGGUCUCCUGGGAUCCGGAAGAAGUUACCUUUCUGCACGGAAGUCGGUUACAUUUAAGUCAUUGGAGUGAGCCACGCUCAGGUUGUGGGAAUAAAAUGGCGGGGAAGAAGAAUGUCCUGUCGUCUUUGGCAGUUUACGCGGAAGAUUCAGAGCCCGAAUCUGACGGCGAGACCGGAGUCGAAGCGGUGGGCAGCGCAGCUGAAGAGAAAGGUGGAUUGGUAUCUGAUGCCUAUGGAGAAGAUGACUUUUCGCGCCUAGGGGGUGAUGAAGAUGGUUAUGAAGAAGAAGAGGAUGAGAACAGCAAACAGUCGGAAGAUGACGAUUCAGAGACUGAAAAACCUGAGGCUGAUGACCCAAAGGAGAAUACAGAAGUCGAAAAGCGAGACCCCCAGGAAUUAGUUGCCUCCUUUUCUGAAAGAGUCCGGAACAUGUCACCUGAUGAAAUCAAGAUCCCACCAGAACCUCCUGGCAGGUGUUCAAAUCACUUACAAGACAAGAUCCAGAAGCUUUAUGAGCGAAAGAUAAAAGAGGGAAUGGAUAUGAACUACAUUAUCCAAAGGAAGAAAGAAUUUCGAAACCCUAGCAUCUAUGAGAAACUGAUCCAGUUCUGUGCCAUUGAUGAGCUUGGCACCAACUACCCAAAGGAUAUGUUUGACCCCCAUGGCUGGUCUGAGGACUCCUACUAUGAGGCAUUAGCCAAGGCCCAGAAGAUUGAAAUGGACAAAUUGGAAAAGGCAAAAAAGGAGCGAACCAAAAUUGAGUUUGUGACGGGCACCAAGAAAGGCACCACAACCAACGCCACAGCCACCACUACCACUACCGCCAGCACAGCUGUUGCAGAUGCCCAAAAGAGAAAGAGCAAGUGGGACUCAGCCAUCCCAGUGACAACGAUAGCCCAGCCCACCAUCCUCACCACCACAGCCACCUUGCCAGCUGUUGUCACAGUUACCACCAGUGCCAGUGGCUCCAAGACCACUGUCAUCUCUGCCGUGGGCACAAUUGUGAAGAAGGCCAAGCAGUGACAUGAGGAGCUGCCCUGGGACUUGAAAGGACUGUGUGGCCCAGUGACCCUGCCCACUGGGAGGUACCACUUUGUAUAUUUUAGAACUGAGACCUGCUCCCCAGAUGCCACCUGAGAGGAGCUACCAUGCAGCAUUGCAGCACAGGAGGGCCCUGUGGGCAGCAUCCAUGCACCACUCACAGAGUCUUUUGCCCUAUUAAAAGAGCCAUGUUCU